AUGGCUCGCGUUAAGAACAAGGCAAGCGACACCCUCGCUCAGCGUCUGGCUCUCGUCGUCAAGUCCGGUCGGAUCUCCCUCGGGUACACCAGCACCAAGAAAGCCCUCCGGACUGGCAAGGCCAAGUUGGUUCUCAUCGCCGCUAACUCGCCUCCUCUUCGCAAGUCGGAGCUCGAGUACUAUGCCAUGUUGGCCAAGGUCCCGGUCCAUCACUUCAACGGCACCAAUAUCGAGAUGGGAACCGCCUGCGGUCGUCUCUUCCGCUGCAGCACCAUGGUCAUUCUCGACGCCGGCGACUCCGACAUCCUGGCCGACCAGUCCCUCAGCGGUUAG